AUCAGUUUACAGAGCGCCAAGAUUCUAAAACAUGGCGGACGGCGACGCGGAAAUAAAAUUUAAGAAGGAGACUGUAAGCAAACUUUUGUCAAGUUUCUUCAAGGAGGAUAAAACCAGAUUGAGUGGUGAUGCAGUUCUUCUCAUGACUGAGAUGUUGAAAAUAUUUGUCCAAGAGGCUGCUAUAAGAUCACAAAAACAAGCCGAAUCUGAGGACUGUGAUCAAGUGGACAUUGAGCACUUUGAGAAAAUUCUCCCUCAGCUGCUGCUGGAUUUCUAGCACAGAGAUGCCAGAAGAUGGAGCCACAGUGCUGCCUGCUGGGUUUUCUUCCGUCUUACAACUUUACUUCCUUUGUUGAUCUUAUUUUACUGGUGUUUAUGUUUUCUGUACAACUAUAAUUUCAAACCGAAAAUGAGAUUAAGGUUUCAUUCUGUA